CAGGACUCGCGUCCUCUCGGGCUCCGCGCCCGCCCCGUUCUCCGGGCCUGUGCCGGGUCAGCUGGUGCUGGCGUCAGCGGAGGGAUGGGCCGGCUCAGCUCGACCCGGCAGGGCUUGUUUACUAUGGCUGAUGACCUGGAGCAACAGCCUCAGGGCUGGCUGAGUAGCUGGCUGCCUGCUUGGCGCCCCACUUCCAUGUCUCAGCUGAAGAAUGUGGAAGCCAGGAUCCUCCAGUGCCUCCAGAACAAGUUCCUGGCCCGAUAUGUUUCCCUCCCAAAUCAGAACAAGAUCUGGACGGUAACGGUGAGUCCGGAGCUGAGAGAUCGCACCCCCCUGGUGAUGGUGCAUGGCUUCGGGGGUGGCGUAGGCCUCUGGAUCCUCAAUAUGGAUUCACUGAGUGCCCGCCGCACACUGCACACCUUUGAUCUACUUGGCUUUGGGCGAAGCUCAAGGCCAACGUUCCCGAGGGACCCUGAAGGGGCCGAGGACGAGUUUGUGACAUCAAUAGAAACGUGGCGGGAGACCAUGGGGAUCCCCAGUAUGAUCCUCCUGGGGCAUAGUUUGGGAGGAUUCCUGGCCACCUCUUACUCUAUCAAGUACCCUGAAAGAGUUAAACACCUCAUCCUGGUGGAUCCCUGGGGGUUUCCUCUUCGACCGACUGACCCCAGUGAGAUCCGUGCACCCCCAACCUGGUUCAAGGCUGUGGUGUCUGUCCUAGGGCGUUCCAAUCCACUGGCUGUUCUUCGAGUAGCUGGGCCCUGGGGGCCUGGCCUGGUACAGCGAUUCCGGCCGGACUUCAAGCGCAAGUUUGCAGACUUCUUUGAAGAUGAUACUAUAUCUGAGUAUAUCUACCAUUGCAACGCACAGAAUCCCAGUGGUGAGACAGCUUUCAAAGCCAUGAUGGAGUCCUUCGGCUGGGCACGGCGCCCCAUGUUGGAGCGAAUUCACUUGAUUCGAAAAGAUGUGCCCAUCACCAUGAUCUAUGGGGCCAACACCUGGAUAGAUACCAGCACAGGGAAGAAAGUAAAGAUGCAGCGACCGGAUUCCUACGUCCGAGACAUGGAGAUUGAAGGUGCUUCACAUCAUGUCUAUGCAGACCAGCCACACAUCUUCAAUUCUGUGGUGGAAGAGAUCUGUGACUCAGUUGACUGAGCUGCUGUCCCUAGAGGAAGAGGAGAAAGCCAGAGUUGCUCUCGCCUCCCUGUCCGCUUACUCGCCCCCGUGUCCUUUCCUCACCAACUAACAUGUGCCAGCCAGGCAGUCUUGGGCUGUCCCCAGGCCAGGAUCACAGUGAAAAGGAGCACUCCUGAGCCCAUGCUAAGGGUUGGAGGCAGAAGCCACAUGAGGCCUUGAGCACUCCACCCCAGGGAAGAACAUAAAGGGUUGCAUAGUGCCACCCAUUCUCUCCAUGCCAAGUGUCACCCAGAUGGUGGUUGUGAAGGUAUUGCACCGAGCCACCUUCCCUCCCUGUGCCAAAGGGAGGGCAGCCUCUUCCCCUGGGCAAAGGACUCCCGGCAGUCUUUUCCAACUCUGGAGUGUUUGUGGGGGUAGGUUCCAAGCAAAAGCAUCCUCCCCCAUCACCUCCUAGCCUCCAUUCCAUGCCAGUUUUGUCCAGAAUCUGGUUGGGAGCUAACUACCAACUAACUACUAACUUCUUAACUACCAAGAGCAGGUUGAGGGGCACCCUUGAGCUGUGGAGUCCCUCCCAUGACCUAAGUAAGAAGUCCUAUCCAAAGGCCUCAUUAAUUGAUGAGGACCAGCCCAGGGCAGGAGACAGCUAGCCCACAGUGAUAGAGCUCUGCUCUGGGAAAACUAAGCCUAGAACCCAGGUCUGCUGACACCCAGUACUCACUUCUGCUAAAGUUCAUGCCAGGCACCAUUGCCAUGAGGCUGGUCCUGGUCACUGGCCAAGGGUAAGCCCAUCCCUAUCCCACAUUCCAGCCCCAUUGUGCAGGGGUGCUGUUACCCUGCCCUGUGUCUCAGCCCUGGCUGCCAAAGCUGGGGACACUCAAGUGCUUCCUUCCCUGCCCUUUCAUCCUCCCAGUUGGGAGGCCUCUUGGCCUUCCUCUCUCUGUGCCUUGGGCCCUAAAGCCCCACCUGUAGUAGAGAGCAAAGGUGGCCCCUGGUGGAGAGAUAAGGGAAAGACUGUCUGGAUUCCCUGUUCCUACUAGUAUCAGGGUUUUUCUACCUGUCCCCCAGGCUGUGGCCCACCAUGAGCCCCUGCCCAUGGUCCAGUGGAGAGCCUCAAGCCAGCAAUUCCCUGUCCUCAUCAGCCACAGGAUGGUUCUCACUGCCUGGCCCUCUAUCCCUGCCAUCUGUCCCAUGGUCUUCAGCUCAUCCUGCCCCCAAUUUACCUGUCAUGUCUCCUACAGGCUGGUUCCAGGUGCUGCUCUGAGGUUCUGGGCAGUGGGCUGGGCCUGGCCCCAGAAGCAGGGCAGCUCCUGUCUGCUCCUUGAGUUUUGUAAAGCCAACCCUUUCACCAGAAUAGUAUUAACUCCUGGUGCUUUGUACUACUGGUCCAGCUGCCUUGGGCUCCUUUUCUAUAUUAAUAAAGAAAUGAGCAAAAACUG